AGACAAGAAUGUUCGUGAAGUCCGGCGAUGACUUGGGUAGAGACAAAUUCUCGUACCUGAGGGAGAUCGAAGGAGAGAGAAAAGUAGAAGAGCUAAGAUUCAGCAUUCUUAGCUGGAUAGGAUUUGCAUAGGUUGACUGGAAUAUAGAAACGAUUUUUCUGCCGUCCUGACUUUACCUACUACUGUAUGAAAACUGGAAAUUCUGAUUCCCGGUGUGGUGUUUUGCGUGAGAAACGAGACAAAGGAGGCGUCAAGCAUCAUUAAUGAUUAUGUGAUUAUAGAAUAGUAAUAGGAAGGUAACUCACUCUCUCACUGUGCAAUGCCGAUCAUGUGUUUGCUAAAAGGUCUGUUAGAACUUAGAAGACUUCAGAUAAGUUAGGGACUUGCUUGCAGGGUACUAUCAGCACAAGAUACUAUGUUGUGCAAAUGUGGGAAACUUGCAAGAUUGCAUCUUUUCAGCUACCGUACCAAAUUUUCAUUGUUUAUAGAGGAAACGAGGAAUCCUAUCAAAAGACAUGUAGGUGUCUCAUUUUAUUCGACUGUUCGAGAAGAUUUGUGUAAUAAUCAUAAUAAGGAUUAUGGCAAACUGGCAACCGGUUUAGCCUCUUUGGUUGAGGAAUCUUCUGUUCUUCGGGAUGAAGAAUCCAGAAUGUCGUUAGCUCAGAACUUGGCAAGCUUGGUUGAGGAGACUUCUAUAGUUAAGGAGACAAAACGGAUGUCUAGGAUGGAGCAGAAGAGGUUUCUUGAGCGGCAAAUAAAGAAGAAGGUGAAGGAACAGUACAUGAAUGGGAAGUUUAAGGACCUUAUGGCAAAAUUGAUUGGUGAUCACAAGACUCUUCGGGAUGCUUAUGAUUGUAUUAGACUGAACUCUAAUGUUGAUCUAGCGUUGGAUGGGGAUGACUUGCCUUUUGAAGCCAUGGCAGAAGAGUUAUCUCUUGGACAUUUCGAUGUAAGUGCUAACACAUAUUCAAUUGCAACAAGGGGGCCUAAGAAAGAAGUACUUAUUCUUCCGAAUGUUAAGCUCAGAGUUGUUCAGGAAGCUAUUAGAAUAGUGCUGGAAGUUGUUUACAGACCUCACUUUUCCAAGAUUUCACAUGGUUGCCGAAGUGGAAGAAGUCACUUGUCUGCUCUUAGAUACAUCUGCAAGGAUAUGAAGAAUGCCAACUGGUGGUUCACAUUACCCGUUAAUAAAAAGCUUGACGAUUGCAUCCUUACUAAACUCAUAUCAGUGAUGGAAGAUAAGAUUGAGGAUCCCAGCUUAUUUGCUAUCAUUCGUAGCAUGUUUGAUUGCCAGGUGCUGAAUUUAGAAUUCGGUGGCUUUCCUAAAGGACAUGGUCUUCCACAAGAGGGAAGCUUGUCUCCAAUAUUGAUGAAUAUAUAUCUUGACCUCUUUGACCGAGAAAUGUACAGAAUGUCAAUGAGAUAUGAAGCUCUUGAUACUGGACCGAAGACUGAAGAAGAUGCAAACCUGUCUAAGCUUCGUAGUUGGUUUAGGAGGCAAAUGAAUGGCGGUGGUGCUGUAGAAGUUAAUACCGGGGGAUAUUCUGGUGUUAGGGUGCAUAGUUGUCGUUUUAUGGAUGAGAUUUUUAUUGCUGUGUCAGGUCACAAAGAAGUUGCUGUUGCUUUGAAGUCUGAGACGCAAGAUUUCUUGAAGAAUUCUCUCCAUUUGGAAGUUGAUAAUGAUAUAGAUAUUUUGCCAUGCGAUGGGCAUAAUGGAAUUCGGUUCCUCGGUUGUGUAGUUAAAAGAAGCCUGAUAGAGAGUCCUGCACUAAAAGCAGUUCACAAGUUGAAGGAAAAGGUCAAGCUAUUUGCGUUGCAAAAACAAGAGGCGUGGGAUGCAGGGACAAUUAGAAUUGGCAAGAAGUGUCUAGCACACGGGCUGAAGAAGGUGAAGGAAUCAGAGAUCAAACAUUUAGCUGAUAAUAGCUCUACUCUGAGCAAAGUUUCCCAUUUCCGGAAAGCUGGAAUGGAAACCGAUCACUGGUUCAAAGUCUUAUUGAAAGUCUGGAUGCAAGACAUAAAUGCUAAAAGUGCAGAGAAUCAGGAGUUUAUCUUAUCUAAACACUUGGUAGAACCAUCCCUUCCCCAAGAGCUAAGAGAUUCCUUUUAUGAAUUCCAGAAGUGCGUUGAUGAAUAUAUUUCUUCUGAAACAGCUUCAACUCUCGCACUUUUGCCUAAUGCCGAUUCUUCAUCUGAAUCUGCAUUUAGAACUCAGAUUAUAGCCCCGGUCAACACCAUUAAGAAGCGUCUCUAUCGAUAUGGAUUGACAAACUCUGAUGGGUUUCCUCAUGCAUGCCAUAUGCUCAUUUUUCUGGACCACAAUCACAUUAUCGAUUGGUUCUCGGGUAUAGUUAAGCGGCUACUCAGAUGGUACAGUGAGUUUGACAACUUUAAUGAAGUAAAGUUCAUUAUUUGUAAUCAACUAAGGAUGUCUUGCAUCAGAACACUGGCAGUGAAGUACAGAAUACAUGAGAAGGUGAUAGAGAAAAAGUUCGAUUCAGAGCUAAGCAGAAUCCCUUCAACUGAUGAGGUUGAGCUUGAGCUAACGAACGAAGCAUCGACUUCUCAGACAUCUGAUAACGAUGAUUCCUUAACGUAUGGAAUAUCGUACAGUGGCAUAUGCUUACUGUCUUUAGCAAGAAUGGUGAGCCAGUCGCGACCCUGCAACUGCUUCGUUACAGGAUGCAUGGCUGCUGCUCCACGUGUAUACACUCUUCAUGUGAUGGAAAGACAAAAGUUCCCAGGUUGGAAGACAGGAUUUUCCAGUUGCAUACAUCCUAGUUUACAUACAAGGAGAAUUGGGUUGUGUAAUGAUCAUCUGAAAGAUCUGUUUCUUGGUAAUAUUUCACUUCAAUCUAUUGAUUUUGGUUCUUGGAGAUGAAAAUUUGUACAUCUAAUUAUAAACCAUUCAAUACCUAUUCUAAUAAUCCUUAUCCCAAUUUUUUGGUUAUGUUCAAUGGAUCACAAUUUGUUUUUUGUUUAUGUUAAUAGAAUUUUCAAGCUC